AUGUCUCACAUAUUAUAUGCGAUGAUUGGAACCGUCUUUCUGGUCUACGCAGUAGAAUAUCUAAUUAGCUCGAGGGACGACCCGCGAGAACCAAAGCGACUGCGUCCGAAGGUACCUCUUAUCGGCCACUUGGUAGGUAUCAUCAACAGUGGUCCUUCAUAUCAUAAUCGCUUAAGCAUAAAUGUAGAUGCGACCGAAUCAGCUAACCGUUAUCCAAGAAAUGCGAGCGACACGGAGAUCUUUACUCUGGGAAUCCUACACUUCAAGCUUUAUACUAGUAUCUCAACAAGACUAUUACCAGCAAUACAGAGAAGCUCAAAGACAUUGUCCUUUCGGCCUAUGAUUCAACAUGUAGCACGUCGCUGGGGAGAUGCGAGUGACGAGACCAAUGACUUGUUUGGAAGUCCGCAUCUCGUGACAGACUUUAGUCACGCAAUGAAGUCAAGUCUAGCACCAGGACGUCACCUUGAUGAGGUCAAUGAUAGAAUGGGCAAAAGAGUCUUACUGGAUGUUGAUGAUUUGCUUGACUUGUGCAAUUCUACCCAGAAAGGUCUACAAAUCAAGCUGUUAGAAUGGACGAGGCAUGUGGUCAUGCAAGCAUCAAGCUCGGGUGUAUACGGAACGGCACACCCGUUCAUCGAUAUCGAGGUCGAGAAAGCAUUCUGGAAAUGGCACUCCCAUCUUUCAGCACAUAUAUCAGGACUGAACUUCGAUAUCCUUGGAAAAGGUUAUACAGCACGACAGAAAGUGUUUGACGCUCAUCAAAAAUACUGCAAGAAUAUUCCUGAUGACGCGUCUUUGCUUUUCAAGGAGCGCUGGCGUGUUCUACGAGAAGCUGGUGUGUCUGAAGCCGACUGUGUGAAGCAACAGGCGACCCUCCCUAUCGGUAUGCUGAGUAAUACGGUACCUACCAUGUAUUGGACCAUAUGGGAGCUCUUCUCUCGUCCCGAGGUACUCGCCGCUGUUCGAGAGGAAAUCGAACAGAAAGCUGUCAUUCGACAGGAUGAUGGACACGUUCUCGACGUCGCUAAGCUCAAGUCCUGUUGUCCAGGCCUUCUUUCCGUCUUUCAGGAGACCCAACGCGUUCGACAUAUACAUGCGGCUAUUCGCAAGGUGUUGGAGGACACAAUGCUCGACGGCAGAUACCUCUUGAAGGCUGGCAAUUAUGUGCAAAUGCCAGGAAACUCGAUCCACCUUAAUACCAAGAUAUGGGGAGAUUCGGCGACUGAAUUUGAUCCAUAUCGGUUCGUACCGAAAGCCAGUGACAAGGGAGGUCAAAGAGUCGCUGGAAGUGGAUUCCUUGCUUGGGGCGCACCACCUCAUCUAUGCCCAGCACGGCAAUUUGCUGCAACCGAGAUCCUCAUUUUUAUUGCUCUUCUGGCCAUACGAGUCGAUCUCCACCCUAUUGGCGGAGUAUGGGAGAAAAAUCCGGCUCUAGACUUUGCUGAUCCAGUCACUGUACUCAAUCCUAAGAAGGAUGUCAGCUUUGAUGUCAAGCCCAGACAGCAGUGGGAUGGAAGAUGGACUUUGCUGAUGUCUCAGAGUUCAGUCCGCGUUCCACUCGCGUCGGGCUGA